AUGCAGACCAGAAGUAAUGGCAAGCAAGUUGUUAAGGCUGCUCUGACACCUGUUGCUUCUGAUUUGCCAGCACAGAGGAAAUGCCUAGGUCUUGCUGCUCAUUCUGCUGCAUUUGCUUGCCACAAAUGCAAUUACGCCUUCAAGGAGCUUCCUUCCAACCCAUUUAAGCAAGAUUUUACUAACUUUGAUGACGAUGAAUGGGCGCUUCGAUCGAAUUCUACUCAUAGGGCAAAUGCGUAUAAGUGGAAGUCCGCAUCCACUUCGACUGAGGCGAAAAAGUUGGUGAAAGCUAAUGGUACUCGUUGGAGCUCGCUCCUUCGUUUAUCUUAUUUUGAUCCAAUCCGAUUUGCACCUAUUGAUGUUAUGCACAACUGUUACCUUGGUGUUGCUAAGCGUAUGAUGCUGUCUGCUUGGAGAGGUGAAGGUGGCCCUGUUAGUAGUAAUGAAGAACCCCGAAUUACGAAGCAGGAGCUUAACGAAAUGGCAAGCAGUAUGGAAGGAUUAACGUUGCCAUAUGGUUAUGACAUUGGUGCGUUAAAAAGGGAGAUAACCGCUGGUGAUGGGUUUAGCAACAUGAAGGCAGACGAAUGGAGGGUGUUCAUCUUGGCUCUGUCACCUUUCCUUUUGUCAAUGAGGUUAAAUGCACGCUUACUGGUACACUGGAUGCUUUUUGUGGAAGCCAAUAAGUAUCUAGGAAGCGCUUGUAUUUCUUUAGAAGAAGUUGACACUAUGCAUACUUUAUUAAAACAAUUUUUACAAGAAUUCAAGUAUGUAUAUCAAGACCAGGGGCUUCUUACAAUUAACAGCCAUAACUUGCUUCACAUCAAGAAUGGUAUAUUAGACUAUGGACCAGCAAUGUCACACUGGCUCUUUAACUUUGAACGUUAUAAUUCUGAUCUAAAAGCAUUUAAUGUUAAUAAAAAUAAAAUAAAAUCUGAAAUGUUUUAUUAA